GGACAUGAUUCGAUCAGUUAGCCAGAUACCAUUGUUAAAACAUAGAUUUAUAAGAUGCUUUGGCACCUUUUGCUCUUGACUUCGACAACGAAUUUACUAUCAGAUAAAGUAGAGGAUGCAGAUCGAAUAUCUCUUAAACAGUACGAUGUGGGAUUUGUGUGCUCUGCAUCGAAACAUGAUGUCACUUUAACAUUUACACACGUCAACUCCACGCAAAGAUAUGUUAUUGCAGAUUGUUAUGGGGUCAUUCGUGAGUGUGCUUUUCGAGAACAUAAUACUGCCUUUUUGGAAGAAAAUUACGAUUUAGCAUAUACACACACAGGUGUACUGCUAAUUAUUCGAAACCUUACCCAUGAGACAACAGGAACGUAUACAUGUUUUGAGACAUAUUCUCUUGAUUACAAAGCCAGUUUAGAUGUAACUGCCGUUAAUGAAGAUUCUCCAAAAGACAUCAAUGAAUGUUCUCCCAACCCGUGUCAGAACGGAGCCACGUGCGCACAUAGUAUCAACAACUACACGUGCACGUGUGUAGCGGGCUACACCGGAAGAAACUGUCAAACAGAAAUCUAUGAGUGUUCACCUAGCCCAUGUCUCAAUGGCGGCCUCUGCUCAAAUGAAAUCAACAAGUACACAUGUACCUGCACUUCCGGGUACACUGGUAUCAACUGCAGGCCAGCUGUGCUGGGCGAUGACUGCAACGUCCGACCGGUAGUGUGCUCGAACAUCCUGAACUCGCAGUGCUCGGGAGGCUCGUGCCAGUGUUUAACGGGAUACGAGAAGACAGGCGAGGCAACGUGCAGCAUGAAAGACUGUAAGAGCUUAGGACUGGUUGACAACGGCAUCGUCGAAUACUCCGGUGGCACGUUAUACCAGGCCGUUGCGACCUUCACAUGCAACACCGGUUACACGAGGAACGGACCUUCGUCUGUCACGUGUCAAUCGGAUGCCGCAUGGAGCGGGGCGAAACCUACAUGCACAAUAAACUAUUGUCCCGAUAUGACGGCGCCUAUCUACGGAGCAGUGGUUUUCAUCCCAAGCAAGGACUAUCUAUGCAAGGCAGUGUUCUCGUGCAGUGUGGGCUACACCCUAACUGGUAUUUCAACUAGAACGUGUACGGCAACCGGAGCGUGGGAUGGGUCCAGUCCAACGUGUGUUAUUAAAGAUUGUAAGGCUAUCACGGCCCCAUCCAGCGGUGCAAUCGACCAGGGGACCGGAACCACCUAUGGAAGCACGAGCUAUUUCACGUGCAUUACCGGAUAUACGCUCGUAGGGGCCCUUUCGACCACGUGCACGAGCGCGGGAAACUGGGAUAACCCGACUCCUGUGUGCGAAAUCAAAGACUGCGAUACGUUGUCGGCACUAAUGAACGGAGAGGUAGAUCUCGCGCAGGGGACCAAGUACGGGGCCAAGGCAUCCUUUACGUGUAAGACCGGCUACACGCUCGUGGGGCAACCUUCGCCGACAUGCACUUCAGCCGGAACUUGGAGCGCAGCAGCGCCUGUGUGUCAAAUAAACGAUUUAAGACGAUACACGUGUCCGAUACCCGAAUGGAUUUGUGUAAUUACAACUGCCAUAACAGCGAUAGAAGUAUCGAUAGGAAUCAUAAUAGUUGGUUACAAAAUUCAAGACAAAGUGUUAUCCCCCGGAUAUAAAUCCCAUCGUACAGAACAUAGUAUGGGUUGGCGUUUGCUAAAUAGCGAUGGUGAUGUACCCACCUUUGCGAUGGACGCAAGUGAGCAAAGUGAAAAUGAAGUUGAUGAUACAAUUUUCGUUAAGUCGAACAGAACAGUGCGUGGUGCCAGCAUCUCCGAAAUGUGCGAAACUGAGCAAAUCGGACAUGCCCGCAUUGCACCUCAUGAAGCCCAAAUUCCAUCAGAGGGUAGGCGUUUGCUAAAUAGCGAUAGUGAUGUACCCACCUUUGCGAUGGACGUAAGUGAGCAAAGUGAAAAUGAAGAUGAUGAUGCAAUUUUCGUUAAGUCGAACAGAACAGUGCGUGGUGCCAGCAUCUCCGAAAUGUGCGAAACUGAGCAAAUCGGACAUGACUUUCCAAGCGCCGCGUCACAUCAAACGCUGGAAAUAGAAAGAAUUGAACAAAAUAAUGGUGAACGCGAAGAUGUCGAUACCGGUAUUCCAGAAACCUCCUCUAUUUACCAAACUAACGAUGCAGAUCUAUCCUCAAUUGAGAUUUCUGAGCAAAACAAUGACAAUCCCACAAAAGUUCAGAUUUCCACAAUAUGUGGACAGAAUAAUCCAGCAAAUUCAGAUGUCGAUGUUAACAAGAUUUAUGACAGUACAAUUAUGCCACUAAUAGAUAAAUCUGUUAUUACACGUGGUUCCUCCUUAAGUGGACAAAUUGUGCAUGCAAAUGACUUCGCAUUAUUGCGUAAUGAAGAUAAACAUUAUUUUACCAUUUUAUGGGAGUUAUUGGAAAAAAUGAGGCAUGUCGUUUGUUUCAUUCCACCUUCGUUAGCGGAACGAAAUGAUGCAACUGUCAAUUUACCAGACCGUCAGACCGCCAUCAUAAUUGCCCGCAAUACACCUCAUGAAGCCCAAAUUCCAUCAGAGUAUGGGAGACUAAGCUUGGAUAUCAGUAGGGAAACGUAUAUACAGCUUACCAAAGUCAUGCAAAAAGCAGAUGAUCUUGAUCGACUAAGAUCAUCCUUUCCAGCGAUUCAACAAGAGGUGGCCAGCAUAAUGCAAAUGAAACCAGAAACUAGAAUGGACUCGAGAUUAACCACCCUCAUAGAACAGGUACGAGUAUUUCGAGUCAGGCAGAAAUAUAUGAGUGUUCACACAUAA